UCCGCCCAAACCAGCCUGACCAGCUCUCCUGGUGCCCGUGGCAGCCCCCCCCUCCCCCACCUGUCGUCCCCAAUCUCUCCGGGCACCUGCUGCCCAGCUGGGUAGCCCAGCCCUACAAGCAAGAUGGCCCUCCAGAGCCAGGGAUUGCCCCCCAGCGGGUGGACCCCAACAAAUCCAAUGCCCAUGGUCGAGAGCGCCCUCUACCGUCAGCGGCUGGAGGUCAUUGCUGAGAAGCGGCGGCUUCAAGAACAGAUCUGCGGAGCGCAGAGGGAGCUAGAAGAAGAAAAAUUGAGAGUGCAGCGACUAAAGAGGAAGUCCCUGCGGGAGCGAUGGUUGAUGGAUGGGACAGCUGAGGGACCUGAAGGCGCUGAGCCAGAGGCGGACCCCCAUUCCCCCCAGGGCCAGGCUCAGGCCAGAAUUCAACACUUGGAAGACAGUCUGUUCACACUCCAGUCCCAACUCCAGUUACUACAAAGUGCAUCGACAGGAGCCCAGCACAAGACUUCUGCCUGGCCCACCUGGCGCCGACAGGUAUCCCGAUCUCUCUCUCAGACUGCCAUGGAGCCAGGUCCUGAAGGCAAGGAAGAUCUUGAGAAACGAGCCUCCCUACCGGUUAUGCCAGCAGUCUCCAUGCCGGAUCCCUCUACCCCAAGGAUCCCCAAGGAGUUGGGAGGAGAUGCAGCCACAACCCCCCAAGCGCCAAAGGAAGAGGUGUCCACAGCAGAUACUGUCGAGGCCAAUGGUCCAUGCUCAGAACCUGUCCCUGUGGAGCUGGAGCUGACCCAGAAUCAGGUGGACACAGCAGAAGACAGGGGUCCAGACACUGGGGAUGGGGUUGACAGCUCUGGGGAAAUGGUCCAGGGAUCAGGCAUAGUAAAGGUGGAGUGGGAUGGGCUGAGGUUCCUAGAGGAAAGUGCCAGGGAGGCCUCCACAUGUACAGAAAGGGGGAAGGUAAAAGAACAAGAGGUUGAAGAGAUAGUCUUAGAGGUGAUAGGGCACCACCAGGUAACAGGAGACCCAGAGCUUCCUGAAUGGAUAACCAAGGACAGGAGAGUCCAGGAGGUGGAGGAAAUGGUUCUAGAGGCGAUGAAGAACCGGUCAAUGAUGGAAGCCCCAGAACUUCCCGAGUGGGUGACCAAAGACAGGGGGAUUGUUGAAGUUGUAUGGGAGGGACUGGGGGGAAUUGAUGGCACUGACAUGGGGGACUCAGAGGAGAUGGCUAGAGAGGAAGCAGCAACAGGUAGUCCUGCUAGCUCUGGGCUGGAGUCCAAAGAGCAGGGCCCUGGGGGGAGUCCUGAGUUAGGAGACCAAGGAGAGGGCUCCUUCAUCUGGGUGGAGAGGGUACUCAUCACUGAAGACUGGGAGGAGGUCCUAGUGGAGGAAUCAGAAGGAACUGCCAAGGAAUUAAAAGAAAGUGAGGCAAAGGAAAGCUUACAGCUGGGGGGAGAGGAGGAAGGGGAGAAAGAACAGCUGGGAGCAGAGAAAGAAGGGGGAGAAAAGCAUUUGGAGACAGAGAAGCUGGGGUCAGAAGGUGAGACAGAGGAAGUCUUUCAGAAGGAUGGAGGGAGAGAGGUACAUACAGGAGCAAAGGAAGCAAAAGGGGAUGAGGAACAGCUGGGGGAAGAAAAGGAAGGAGAGGGAAAAGAACAGAAGGAGGCAGAGGAGGAAGCAGGGGGAGAGAAACAGCUGGAGGCAGAGGAGGAAGCAGGGGGAGAGAAACAGCUGGAGGCAGAGGAGGAAGCAGGGGGAGAGAAACAGCUGGAGGCAGAGGAGGAAGCAGGGGGAGAGAAACAGCUGGAGGCAGAGGAAGAAGAGAGAGAAGAGCUGGGGUCGAAGGAGGAGGAGGAAAAGGAGAGGGAAGGAGGGUUAGCAAAGAAAAUGCCAGCAGAGAAGGAUCCAGGAGGAGAGAAGGGGCCGGGAGAAGAUGAGGAGAAAGAGGAGCAGGAAGAGGAGAUGAAGCAAGUUGCCCAGAGUGAGGCAGGCCCAGAACCACAGGCCAAAGAGGCCGCAUCAGCCCGGGGUGAGCCCCAGGCUCCAGCCCCAUCCCUGGAGCAGCUCCCUGCCCCUGAAGCAGGGCCCCCAGAACGCCAGCCCCUGCUGCAGCCAGUCAUGCGCACUGUGAACCCCGCUAGCCGCCCGGUGCCCACCUAUGCACCUGCCCAACGGGCUGAGCCCCCACCUGACAGCGAGCAAGCCAGUGGCUCCAAGCAAACAUGCCAGUGCUGCGUAGUGAUGUGAGCCAUCCCUCCAGCCAGCCGAGAGAACUUGUGGAGGCAGGGGGGAGCCUGGGGUGUGAGGCUUCUCCCUCCCAUCCUGACCCUGACCCAAUCAAUCUCACAGCUACCUCGCCCUCCCUUCCACCCUGGGCACAGCCACGGGGUGGGGGGUGGGGCCACUGCCCAGCCCAGCCGGGAGUUGACACAGGGCCUAGGCACAGGCCACCACAGGCCGACUCUGGAGGUCCUGCUGCCCUUUCGGCCUUCACCCACUGCCUCAGCAAUCCUGGCCUUUCUCCUUUUCCUCUCUCAGCCCCAUCCCCCCAAUGAUGCCUUAAUACUUGAAAAUAAAAAGGAGAACAGAAUGACAUGGAGAACUCUGGAUUUGGGGUCAGAGAAGCUGGGUUCAGAUUCCAGCUCUGUGAUUCACCACUGUCUGUA